AACUUUGUUUAUGUUUGGGUACUUAGAAAGUGAAGUGAAGGUGAAGAAAAUGGAAAAAGAUGACAUUUUUAAAUUCUGGGUAUUUGUUUUUUCCCUAAAUUUUUUUAAAAAACUGCGUUUUUACAAUUUUUGAGUUCAGUUUUCAUUUGUUUUUUGGUUUGUUACUGGAAAUGUUAGACAUUGUAACUUUUCUUCAUUCUAUUGGGAACCAAGCAAAGUUUCAACUUUUAGACUCUUUGUUAACUCGUUUGCAAAACCCCAUGUGCUGGGUUUCUUUGUUUUUUUCGGGGUUAUUUAAUUGAGGUAGACUAAAAAGAAGAGACUUUUGAGUUUUGUCUUACAGUUUAAAGCAAGAGAUAUGGAGGAAAAUUCUUCACCUAUUAUUUCAGAUGCUGAGAUAAAUCGCAUAAGGUUCGGCUUGGCAAGUCAUAAAGAAAUUCUUACAGCAUCCGUCAGUGGCUUUCCUAUUAACCAUCAUAGUCAGUUCUCAAAUUCCUACCUUGGUUUGCCCCUCGAAUUUGGAAAAUGUAAUGCAUGUGGUACUUCUGAACCUGGAAAAUGCGAAGGUCAUUUUGGAUAUAUUGAAUUACCAAUUCCAAUAUAUCAUCCGAGCCAUAUCAGUGAAUUAAAGCGAUUGUUGAGUUUGCUAUGCUUGAAGUGCUUAAAAAUGAAGAACAAGUUUCAGAUUAAAAGUGGCAGUGUUGCUGAAAGAUUGUUAGCAUCCUGUUGUGAGAAUGCUCCGCAAAUUUCAAUCAAAGAGGUUAAAACAACAGAUGGUGCUUGUUAUUUGGAGUUGAAGCAGCCAUCUAGACAUGCAAAACCUAACUGGAAUUUUUUAGAGAGAUACGGUUUCCGCUAUGGUGACCAUCAUACUCGAACUUUGCUGCCUUGUGAGGUGAUGGAAAUACUCAAAAGAAUUCCUGCUGAGACAAGACGAAAGCUUUCUGGGAAAGGGUUCUCCCCACAGGAGGGAUAUAUUUUGCGGUAUUUGCCUGUUCCACCUAAUUGUUUGUCCGUCCCAGAUGUUUCUGAUGGUGUUAGCAUCAUGUCCUCAGAUCUUUCUACGGCAAUGCUGAAAAAGGUUCUGAAGCAAGUUGAGAUCAUCAAAAGCUCAAGGUCCGGCACCCCAAAUUUUGAAUCUCAUGAAGUUGAAGCUAAUGAUUUGCAAUCUGCAGUUGAGCAAUAUCUUCAAGUUAGGGGUACUGUUAAAGCAUCUCGCAAUAUAGAUGCACGAUAUGGAAUUAGCAAAGAUGUUAGUGAUUCUUCAACAAAGGCAUGGCUGGAGAAAAUGAGAACAUUGUUCAUUAGAAAGGGUUCAGGAUUCUCUUCACGCAGUGUGAUUACUGGUGAUCCAUACAAAAAGGUGAAUGAAAUUGGCAUUCCAUCUGAAAUCGCUCAGAGAAUUACUUUCGAGGAGAGGGUUAACAUGCACAACAUGAGAUAUUUGCAAAAUCUGGUAGAUAAUAAGUUGUGUUUGACCUACAGAGAUGGUUCUUCUACAUAUUCAUUGAGGGAGGGUUCAAAGGGGCAUACCUUUUUGAGACCUGGUCAGGUGGUACAUCGGCGAAUUAUGGAUGGGGACAUUGUUUUCAUAAAUAGGCCCCCAACCACACAUAAGCAUUCAUUGCAGGCACUUUCAGUAUAUGUGCAUGAUGAUCACACGGUGAAGAUAAAUCCUCUAAUCUGUGGCCCAUUAAGUGCUGAUUUUGAUGGAGACUGUAUUCACUUGUUCUACCCUCAGUCUUUACCUGCAAAAGCAGAAGUUUUUGAGCUCUUUUCUGUGGAGAAGCAGUUGCUUAGCUCUCAUAGUGGCAAACUGAAUUUGCAGUUGGCCACUGAUUCAUUGUUGUCACUGAGAGUUAUGCUUCAGACAUUUUUGUUCAAAAAGGCUGAUGCUCAACAAUUGUCAAUGUUUCUCUCUUCAGCUUUGCCACAGCCUGCUUUAUGGAAGGGUAAUCUUGUUGCUCCUUGUUGGACAGCUUUUCAAAUUCUGCAGACUGCUUUUCCUGCCUGCCUAGACUGCUCUGGUGACAAAUACUUAAUUGGCAAAAGUGAUAUAUUGAAAGUUGAUUUCAAUAAGGACCUCAUGCAGUCUGUCAUCAAUGAGGUCACGGCAUCUAUUUUCUUUGAGAAGGGUCCAAAAGAGGUUCUUAACUUCUUUGAUUCUCUACAGCCUUUAUUGAUGGAGAAUAUCUUUGCGGAAGGCUUCACUGUUAGUCUAGGGGAUUUUUCUGUGUCCAGGGAAGUUAUAGAAAAUAUUCAGAAAGAUAUCCAGGUUAUUUCUCCUUUGCUUUAUCAGUUAAGAUCUACAUAUAAUGAAUUAGUUGAGUUACAAAUGGAGAAUCACAUCCAAGUAGCCAAAGCACCAGUUGCAGAUUUCAUACUAAAAUCAUCUGCCUUGGGUGAUUUAAUUGACUCUAAGAGUGAUUCUGCUGUCAAUAAGGUUGUUCAGCAGAUUGGAUUCUUGGGACUACAACUUUCUGAUAAAGGAAAAUUCUACUCAAAGACUUUGGUUGAAGAUGUAGCAUACCAAUUUCAAAGCAUAUAUCCUUCUGAUGGUGUCGAUUAUCCUUCUGCUGAGUUUGGACUAAUUAAGAGUUGCUUUUUCCGUGGGCUGGAUCCGUAUGAGGGCUUGGUUCAUUCAAUCUCUACUAGAGAAGUCAUGGUUCGCUCCACAAGAGGAUUGUCUGAACCUGGGACCUUGUUUAAGAAUUUGAUGGCCAUCCUUCGUGAUGUUGUUAUUUGUUAUGAUGGCACGGUUAGAAACAUCAGUAGCAAUUCAAUAAUUCAAUUUCAAUAUGGGUUGAGUGCCAGAACUAGACCACAAUUCCCUGCUGGUGAACCUGUCGGUGUCUUAGCUGCUACUGCAAUGUCAAAUCCAGCAUAUAAAGCAGUUCUUGAUUCAACUCCUAGUAGUAAUUCUUCUUGGGAACUUAUGAAGGAAAUAUUGCUUUGCAAAGCCAGUUUCAAGAAUGACCUGAUUGACCGACGAGUGAUCCUGUAUUUGAAAGAUUGUGAUUGUGGGAGAAAGUAUUGCCAAGAAAAUGCAGCAUAUCUUGUUAAGAAUCAAUUGAGAAAAGUCAAACUCAAAGAUACUGCAAUAGAGUUCAUCAUCGAAUACAGGCAGCAGCAAUCUGUAUCAGAAAUUGAGGCAGGCCUUGUUGGUCACAUCCUCCUCGAUAAGGCUCUAUUGAAGGAGUUAAAUAUUAGUAUGCAAGAGGUUUAUAUGAAGUGCCAAGAAACCAUUAACUCCUUUCGUAAGAAGAAAAAGACUGCUGAAACUUUUAGGAGGACAGAUUUGUUUGUAAGUGAAUUUUGUUCUAUCCAGCAAUCCUUUGUGGACAAGUGGUUUGAAAUGCCAUGCUUGAUGUUCUUUUGCCGAAAUACAAUCGAUGAUCAUCUAGAUAGUACUAUACAAAUCCUGGCUGACAUCAUCUACCCUGUUCUUCUAGAAACAGUCAUCAAGGGUGACGCCUGUAUCUGUUCAGCAAAUAUUAUCUGGGUUAGCCCUGAUACAACAACUUGGAUAAGAAACCCUAGCAAGACUCAGAAGGGAGAAUUGGCUUUGGAUGUUGUUCUGGAGAAAUCUGCUGUGAAGCAGAAUGGUGAUGCCUGGAGGACUGUCAUAGAUUGUUGUCUUCCAGUACUAAAUUUAAUUGACACCCAGAGGUCUAUACCUUACGCGAUGAAGCAAGUUCAGGAAUUGCUUGGCAUUUCUUGUGCUUUUGAACAAGCAGUACAGCGUCUCUCCAUUUCAGUGUCAAUGGUGUCAAGAGGUGUUCUAAAGGAACACCUCAUGCUCUUAGCAAACAGCAUGACAUGUGCUGGAAAUUUGAUUGGCUUCAACUCUGGUGGUUAUAAAGCAUUAUCUCGCUCAUUGAAAAUUCAAGUGCCAUUUACUGAAGCAACACUGUUUACACCAAGAAAGUGCUUUGAAAGAGCUGCUGAAAAAUGUUAUGAUGAUUCUUUGUCAAGCAUAGUUGCAUCCUGUUCUUGGGGUAAAAAUGUGGCUGUUGGAACAGGGUCACGGUUUGACAUCCUGUGGGAUCGGAAGGAGGUUGGAUUUGAUCAAACGAGUGGAAUGGAUGUCUACAACUUUCUGCACAUGGUCAGUGGUGUUGGUGGAACCAAUCCUGACACUGCUUGCCUAGGUGAAGAAGUUGAUGACUUGAUGGACAUAGAUGAAGUCGCAGAUUGGAGCUUGUCUCCAGACAAUAACACUGGUUUGGAUAAGCCAGUGUUUGAGGAUGCGGCUGAUUUUGAGAAUAAUUUAGACUAUCAGCCAGCUGAGUCAAAUUGGGAAAAAGUUGUGUCUUCAGACAAGGGGUCUGAUGCUGGUUGGGAUGCUUUGUCUGCAUGGAAUAAAAAGGCUGAGGAUGGUGACAAUUUUGCUGCAGCUGUGACCAGUUCAAAGAAACAAACUGAGUGGGGUGAUUGGGGGACAAUCAAAUCUAAAUCACAAGAUGUUGUCUCUCCUAAAGUGGAUGGAACUUGUAGGAAAGAUUUAACCGAAUUGUCGGGUUGGGGAAUGGAAAAGUCUGAUACACAAGAUGUUCUCCCUAUUGAAGAGAAAACCUUCAAGUCCAAUGGUUGGGAUGCUGGAACUAGUUGGGGAACAACGGUCAAAGAAUCUGAAAGAACUGAUGCUAGUGAUGCGUGGGGAACACAAGAUGCCAUCCCUAAAACCUUGAACGAAUCUUCCAAAUUGAGUGGCUGGGAUAAUGCUUCUUCUUGGGGAAAGAAGAUUGUAGCAGUUCAUGAAUCUGGCUUCAGUGGAAAUGAUAACCACCAGGACCAAGGGAGAGCGGAAAGUGAAUGGGGCACACAAGAUGCCAUCCCUAAAAAACCCUUCAAGGAAUCUUCCAAAUCGGGUGGCUGGGAUAAUGCUACUUCCUGGGGACAGAAGAUUGUAGCAGUUCAUGAAUCUGGCUUCAGUGGAAAUGAUACCCACCUGGACCAAGGGAGAGAGAAAAGUGAAUGGGAUAACAAAUCAGGUCAAGAAAAGCCAGUGCAGUCAACAUCUGGUUGGAAUAACAAAGUGAUUGAGGAAAAGGCAGUUCAAUCGACUUGUGGUUGGGAUAAAAAAGCUACUCAGGAAAAGCCACUUCAGUCGACGUCUGGUUGGGUUUCUUCAACUUCUGCAGGCUGGACUAAGGAUGAGUCACCUAUAAUGAAUAGUUCUUGGGACCAACAAAAGUCACCAGACUGUUCACAAGGUUGGGGCUCCCUUAAUGAGUCAAAUCAACCAGCAAGUUCAAGUGGUUGGGAUAUGCCCCUUGGUGAGGAUGGCACUCAAAGUGAAAAGCAGCAUCAGUGGGGACAUUCUAGGGGCUCACGUCGUUGGGCAUCAGAUGCUAGUAAGAAGAAUCGUCCUGUGAAGUCAGCUCGAGUGAUGAAUGAUGAUUCCAGUAUGGCUGCAAUGUAUACUGCUACAAGACAAAGAUUAGACAUGUUUACCUCUGAGGAGCAAGAUAUUCUCUCUGAUGUUGAGCCACUAAUGCAGUCAAUCAGAAAAAUAAUGCACCAGUCUGGGUACAAUGAUGGGGAUCCGCUGUCAGCUGGUGAUCAGUUGUUUGUACUUGAUAAUGUUUUUACUCACCAUCCAGACAAAGCUGUAAAAAUGGGUGCUGGUAUUGAUUAUGUCAUGGUAAACAAGCACACAAAUUUCCCAGAUAGCAGGUGCUUCUAUGUUGUCUCAACUGAUGGUCAUAAACAAGAUUUCUCAUACCGCAAGUGUCUGGACAACUUCAUCAAAGGGAAAUAUCCUGAUUUGGCGGAUGCUUUUAUUGCUAAAUAUUUCAGAAAACCUCGUUCUGGAGGGAACCGCGAGCCAAGUGUUGCUCCAGAGAAUAGUGAGGCAGAGAAUAGGGAGUCGGCUUCGGUCUCUUGAGGUUUUAAUAUUAUUUAGAAAGGUUUAUUUAGAUGCUUUAUUCAUUCCCGACAUCUGCUUCUUUUGAUUUGUAAAUAUUAAGCAGAUGUUAAUGUGUUCAUUCCCCUCAACAACUCUACUUGCAUAGAUCCCAUUAUGAACUGCCCUCUUUUUCCACACAUGAGCAGUUCAUGUUUUUCCUUGUUAUAGUGGUUUAACGGCAGCCCGCUAAUUUCUUACAGAUGGACAGCAAUAGAUCGAUGUUUCUUAGUUCUCUCGAGGAUGCUUCUAAUGUCUAAUCCAUUGUUCGCUUCCAGUUUUCAAUGAUUCUGGACACAAAAUUAGCUAUAAACUACAAUAUCUAUUAUAUAAUAUAUAAUAGUUAAUCUAAUUGUGUUGAUGAAUUGAUUGGUAUGACCUUGCUGUUUAGUUUCCUUACCUUUGAUGCCUAGAGAUGGACUGAACUGUGCACAUGUUUGGUGCUGAAACAUGGAUAUCCCUGAAAAGAGAUGUCCUUGAUCCCUACAUGUUAAUGGAAUAUCUGUACUCCAAUAAUUUUGCUGUUUGGAUAAAGGGUUGAGUUAGAUUUGACAGAAGGAAAAGAAAAAAGAACAAGGAUGGCAUUUGACAUCUUCCUGCCUCAGGCAGAAGUGACCACUGCCAAUUACUACGGAGUGAGGACCCUCGUAAAAGGGUUUCCAUGUAUCAGAAGCAAAUGAUGGGUACUCCCACAGCUUUGCAAUCCUAAAAGCCAUUAAUAGU